ACCAAUAAAUAGAUAGAUAAAAAAUAAAAAAAUAAAAAAAAAACUUUACAUCAAUAAUAACUAGAUUAGAUAAGAUUAAUGUGAAAUUUUAACCACUAACUUUUAUUGAGUAGAAAAAUGGGACUAAAUGAAUACAAACAAGGUUGAGAGUGAGACCAAACAAUACGGGCACUGGGCUCCCCCAUAUGCAAUGCCAUAUUGGCAAAUUACCAUCUUCCAUAAUGAGAAGGGAAUACCAACUACUUUCCUUUUUCAAACUUGUUUGUUGCUCAUUUGUGUCUGUCCCUACCAAACAUUGAUUCGUUCACAUUCCACACACGCUUCAUGCUUUUCUGCCUUCUCCUCAUUCUCAACUCGUAACAUCAAACACUUCCUAUUCAAUUCCAUUUCUAUCUCUUUCCUCAAACAAAAAUAGACUUAAACUUCCCCAUGGUAUCUUAUCCAGUUUAGACAAAAUCCUAUGCUUUCUUACAUAAUCUUUUACAUAUGUCCAUUGUCCAUGUGUAUUGGUAACACAUGCUCAUCAAGUUUGCUCGUCUUCAUGUAUGAUGGUCUUAAUUUCCCUAAUCUUAUAAAUGAAAUCACAAGAAGAGUAUUUAAUUUAAGCAGAAAAUGCAGGACAUUAUCAAAGAGAGGGGGUUUCAGAGAGUUAGAGUAAAUAUAAAUUCAAGUACCCAGAGGCAAGGAGGGUCCCAUUGAAAAGGUGAUGUGCCUGGCCGUUGAGGGCGAAGAGGCCGACAUGAUGAGCAUGCAAAAGGACCUUCUCCCGAGAAAAUCAAAGUAACCCACCUCCCUUAAUUCAAACUGUCCCUUUCGUUUGAGGAAUCUUUACCAUCAAACGUUACUCUAUUGGUUUGUUACUUGUAACCGGCUUUGUCAUACCAAACUAACUCAGAAAAUUUCUCUCACAAAGUCCCACACAAUUCAAACCAAACCCAUUAUGGCAACCACACUAUCAUCUCAGAGUCAGUAGGAAAAAGAUUUUAAGUUGGCGCCACUUCCUGUUUGGAAAGCACGGCAAUCCAACCAUUCUGCAUUAAUUUCACACCCUUGCUCAUUUUCCAGGUUUUCUUUAUUACUUCAUCUGUUUGUUUGGAACCCUUUUCAAGUUUCCUACUAACCUCUCUCCUCUCCCAUUUCCUCGAGUAAGAACCUUUGGCUAGUUCACAGUUCUUGUCCUGUUAAAAAAAUCAUAUUAGAGAGAUCCUAGCCUUCAAAAUCUGUUUUAUUCUGGUGACUUAUCUGCUAGAUAAUUGUGCUACCCAGAUGUUACAAGCUAGAGAUUAUAAAGAUGAGAAAAGAGAGACAGAAGAUGAAGAUCAUCAAGGAGAAGAGGAAGAUAAUGAGGAGGAGGAGGAGGACGAGGAUGAACUAGGACAAAAGAAGCACAAGAUUCUCACUGAUUGUCAGCAUGUUCAAUCCCCACUUUCAGGAGCAAUGCGUGGUAAACUAUUUCAAGAUGACAGAGCAAAUUCUAGUAGGAAAAGAUGUUGUUCUACAAGAUCGGGGAGACUUAAAGAGAAUGAGCUUUACCAAAACCACCCAUUUUCGAAAUUGAGGUUAGAGAAUGAAGCAGGAGAAGGUUUACAAGUUAAUGGAGGUCGAAUAAUCCGAUCCAUUGGACGAAAAGACCGCCACAGCAAGGUACGCACUUCAAAAGGUCCCAGAGACAGGCGAGUCCGUCUGUCAGCUCAUACUGCUAUACAGUUCUAUGAUGUUCAAGACCGACUUGGCUUUGAUCGACCAAGUAAAGCCAUCGAUUGGCUCAUCGACAAGGCCAAGGCAGCCAUUGAAGCUCUUGCUGAGCAACGCACCGAAAAUCUUGACUCUUUGAACGUCGACGACUCUAUUCCACGCACAAAGCACCUGGGGAAACAGAGUAUUUAUCAGCACCCAAGCAAUUUCUCAAUUUCUGGUUCUACACCGUCAUCUUCCAACCAAUUCCAAGACUACCCACCUGAAGAGAAUUCAAUACAAGAUCUCUGUGUCUCACUUCAACCCUUGAAAGCUCCAGUUUUUGAUGUCCACCUUUCGAGUCCCAUUGAUUCAGGUGAACUAGCGCUCGAUGACUUGAAUGCAAGUGUAAUGGGUGGUCAGUUUCAGGGUCUGAUAGAUUGGAAUUCUAACAAUGCAGGGGUUGAAAGAGAUGGGUCUUUCUUCGACCCCUCCUCGGCUAUUUCACCGCAACAGCCAGUUCUAAGCCAACAACACCACUUGUUUACUAAGAGGGGACCCCUUCAUUCCAGUAACUUGCUCCCACUUCAUGCUUGGACUGAUCCUCCAAUGUCCAUUAAUGACCAUGGACAAACUCAAUCACCAACUUCUCACUCAGUUUCCAGCAUAGGAUUCUCAGGUGGAUUCUUGGGGAUCUAAUUUUCACCAUCAAUCCCACUAUUGAGAACAGAACCUCAUAUCACAUUUUUACUUGUUCUCUCUUUCAGCUAAAUUGAUACCCUUUGAAAAGUUUAAUAUUUUUCAUGCGGUCUUUGUCUUAUAUGAUGGUUCAGGAAACUCCAGGUUCUUUUUUGUUUUUGUUCUUGUCAUUUUUUUUUUUUUUUUUUUGGUUGUUGUUUUACUGAUACAAGUUCACUAUGAAGAAGGAUAUAUAGAAAAGCUGGUUUACUAUGAUAUUGUUACUUCUUCUGUAUUUAGUUUUCGACUCAGUUUUAUUAAACUUUUCAGUCAUUGUCAACAGGC